GGAGUCAAAACGCUUAUGAUGACUGGAAUUAUGACUACCGCUACGACCUCUAUGACUAUGAAGAACAUGAGAACGGAGAGACCGAAUCAGAGAAAACGGACCAUGUGAUCACACACUAUGAAAGACCGGAAGACCCGCAGCCGCCAGUGCACAGGGAGCACGAGGAACAUCCUGACGACAGAUACGAAGAACCGCCGGUUUACAGCGACACGGGCCACGAGACUCUUGUAGAGGACCAGGAUUCCGUCUGUGCUCGGACCUGUAAAGCUUCUAACGAAAGCGGUCCCGGUAUCAGGUACCUUCCCGGCCAUCAAUAUCGAUACCAAUAUGAAGGGCAGGUGGUGAGCCGAGCGAGGGCAGCCGGGAGCGCAGAAUCAAGGAUGUCUGUCAGGGCCUACGUCAUGAUCACGGCCAACACGCCGUGCGAUCUGAAGAUGCAGGUGAUGGGUCUGUCCGUGGACGACAUUCCGCCCGGCGACUCAGCAUGGUUCCGCGACGCCGUCGAGCGCCACGACCUGCACUUCAGCUACCAGGACGGGGAGAUCGAGUACCUGUGCCCGCACGAGGACGAGGACGCCGCCGCCACCAACUUCAAGCGGGGCAUCUUGUCGGCUCUUCAGGUCUCUGUGAUCAACGUGGACGACGCGUUCGAGGUGGUGUUGCAGGAGGCUGACGUGGCGGGCGAGUGCGAGACGCGGUAUCAGGUGACCACCAUGAAUGACCUUGUGGUGAACAAGACGAAAGAGAACUGCCGGAGCAACGCCCACCUUCCGUAUUUGCCUUACGCCCACUACACCACUGACAGGAUCAACAGUGAGCUGCCUUUCUUCAGGCGGGACCAGAGCUGCCAGAUGUUCCGCAGCGAGAGCGCGUGGGAGCGCGUGGAGUGCGUGGAGGAGGUCCGCGUCGAAGGCCCGUUCCCGUCCCUGCUGGAGCAGUCCGCACUCGCCUCGCUCACCGUCACCUCCAGUCUGCACCUCCAGGCAGGGCCAGAGGAGGCGCCAGGACCUUUUUAUGAAGGAGAAUAUCUGAAGAGAAGGGAGUCCCUGCGCAUGGACCUGAAGGGGGCCGUUGAUUCGUCCGAGACUCGACAUCACGUUGACUCUGCCGUUCGCGAUCAGAUUGACGUGACCCUGGAGUACCUGGCGGCAACAGUGAUACCAGAUUCCGGUCUCGAGGAAGGGCGGCCUCACGCUUUUUCUAACUUGGUGAACCUCCUGGGCCGCCUUCGCACAGAAGGAGACCUCGACAACCUGUGGGAAGCCAACUGGCAACGGGAUAAUUACAAAGAGUUCCUGCUGGACGCUCUUCUGCUCUGCGACGGGCCGCACUGCUUCCGCCUGGUGACCCACCUGGCAGAGGAUCCGAACAACCUCUUCGACUCGAGGCUCAGGGCUUGGCUUGCAGGAAUUCACUUCCACGCUAACACCGACCCUGAAUCCGUCCAGUAUCUCAUGGAAUUAGCGCGCACCAAACCAUCUAUGGAGGACGAAAUUGUGAUGGCAGCUUCGAGCAUAGUACACCGUCUCUGUCUGCAAGAUCGUGAAGACGAAUGCCAGGGAGCUAAACCAUUCCUAGAGUACGUGCAGGAAAAGAUUGGAAGCAAGUGUGGCUAUGGAGAGGACAGGCAGCGUCAGAACAAAGUGAAGGUCAUGUUGCGGGCACUUGGAAACGCAGGGGUACUUCCCUAUGAGGGCUUCCCUGACAUGUGCUACCUGAACAAAAUGCAUAACAGUGAGCUGCGUGUAGCUGCCCUGCAAACCUACAGGCGAAGUGGAUGCCCCGCUACAGAGGCUCCGUGGAAGAUCCUGGAAGACAGUCAAGAUGACGUCGAGGUUCGGUUGGCAGCUUACCUCGCUAUGGUUCCCUGCGCCACUGAAACCCCUGGAUUUUUCACUAGAAUCCAUCAGCUUCUGGAGCGCGAAGAGGUCAAUCAAGUCGGGUCUUUCAUCUGGACCCACGUGCGCAACCUGGCCGAGCAGCCGGGGCCUGGCAGCAGCGAGCAGGAGCUGUCCAAGCUGGCGGCACAGCACGCCCUCAACGCCAAGUUCAACACCAACGCCUUCCGCUCGUCCCGCAACUACCGCUACGCCCAGUUCAGCCAGCUGAUCAAUAUGGGUGGAUCAGUGGACAGUGACGUCAUCUUCACCCCUGAGUCCUACCUGCCCCGUCAUGCGUCCGUCAAUUUCACCCUCGACUUCCUGGACAAGUCCUUCAACGUGUUCGAGGUCGGCGGCGACUUCAGCGGCAUGGAGGACUACAUCGAGAGGCUCUUCGGCGAGGGUGGCUACUUCGAGAACCCGGAGAUCCAAGGACUUGUGGAGAAUCUGAGGCCGAAGAGGGAGGUGCAGGACGAGAGGAUUGAGGAGUUCCAAAGGAUGUACAACGAUGCAAGGACUCUUACCGAGGAAGCCGACCCCGAGGCGCAGGAACCCAAGGCGUCGGUCUUCUUCAGGAUCUUCGGCAACGAGGUCUUCUACAUGGAAAACCUUCUACAGGCAAACCCCCUACAAGCACUCAGGGAUAUGCUCAGGGAAUUCUCCGUACCUAGGUCUUUCCAGCUACUGAAUCAAGAGUAUGUAAGUCCAACGUUACUCGGUUUCCCGCUAAGGCUGAGAGUCAAUUCGACUGGCUCCAUCAACUUCGACCGCGAAGGAACCUUCGAAACGACAGACGACGGCAACCUGCUCAUUUCGGGGCGCUUGAACCCGACCGCCGUCUUGGCCACGGACGAGACUCUGAUGGUGGACGGUUACGGCUCUGCCAGUGGCAUUCGGCGACGCACUACCCAAGUCGCGCACGCAUCCAUUGGCGGUAGAAUUGAAGUGAAGGACGGCCAGGUUGUUGACAUUCGCAUAGAUACCUACAAUGCUGAUGUGGCGAAGCUAAGCUCUUCAGUGAAUGUAUUAUUGUACAACAAUUACAAGCAAGUGUGGGAGGGACAGCAGAAUGGCGCUGCUUUUGAAGAGGUAGAAUCGUGUUCUCCCGAGAUGGUGAAUAAUAUUCUAGGUCUCGAGUUUUGCAACACUUGGAGAUAUACUAUCCAAGCUGACGAGGAGAAUACAGUGAUCACUGAACCGCAUGCGAUGGAGCUCACGGUGUCAAAGGCUGACAACUUCGACCACUACCAGUUCUCCUACACUCGCAAGCGGAAUAUGUUCGAGAUCCUGUUUGACACUCCCGGAUCCUCGGUUGACAGGAAAGUCAACCUGAAUAUUAACCUCAAGUCCAAUCACGCGCGAGGGACGCUCACCAUCCCCGGGAGUCGCUUCGAUGUGGAGGGUCAGUAUGAAUACACAUCCGAGAUAAAGAAACUUGCACUCAAGUACAGCAGAGACACGACUCUUCGCGGAGAAAUGGAAGUUUCUCUGCAGACAGCAAAAGAAAUAGACAACGUGAAGUAUUCGCCGAAAUUCAUGAUGACCAUCACAGACUUCUUUGAUAUCAAUACUAGCGGAUCUCUUCUAACUGGCCCAAAUGACUUCAUGCUAGAAGGGAGCAUAAUGUCCAGUUUCCAGGAUGAAGCUGCUGCCUUUAAAGCAUUGUGGUCUCGCGAGGGAAGUCAGAACAAAAUAGAAGGCCAGUUCAGCACGGGGCAGUCAUAUGCCUCCACAAGCGGAACUAUCAACACAGAUCCGGGACAUACAAUGGUCCAGCUCUCGUGUGAAUACGGGGCGUCCCGAUCGAGCCCUUACUCCCUGUCCCUCUCUCUGGACUCCACGAGCACUCAGACUGCAGAAGGCAGCUCGCACACUGGCUCUCUCGUUCUGGAAUCAAGCCAAGCUGAAGUGAGCAUGAAUAUGGACUAUGAUUAUCGCCCAGGCUAUGUUGACACCAACGCCACCAUUACAGUGCGGGGAACCGAGAUGACUUCGCACGUCGGCCUGAAGAACGUUGCCGAGGGAAACGAGCGAGAUUUUCUGGUCACCCUGAGCUGCACGAGCCAGGAUCUCAACAUCGACUACCUCCUCAAGGCAGUCUACAAGAAAUCUGACAACGCCUUCCUAGCCGAGUCGGAGGUCAACCUCGGCUCGUUCAUCACAUCGAAGGCGUCUCUCACCUACCUCUUCGAGAGUGACCCCCUGCACCUGCUAGCUGGCCUCCACCUCCAGUUCAACGACUUCGUGAUGCAGGCCAGCCACACCCUUGACUUCAGUCAAUCAAAUCGAGUCGUUAUUCUGCUGACCGGCACUGUCGGACCUGCCUCAGCCGGCUUCCACUUCGAGGGCGAGUACGACCCUUCCUCCCCCUUCAACGCGUCGCUGGACGUGUUCGGCACUUACGACAGCCAGCGGGCAGGCGUCGCUUUCAGCGCCGAGUCGGACCAAGCAUGGCGAACCUUUUCUGGCAACGUGAGGCUACAUUGGUUCGACUGGACGUACAUCGUCGCCCACUCCACCACGUGGGAAGAGAACAAGAAGGAGAUCGUAUUUACGUCUGACAGACACGGGAUCUUGCAACUCACGGCAGAGACCUCACCGAACCUCCAACUGCUACGCCUUGUGACAAAAAGCGAUUCACAAGCGGCAGAUUCUGAUUUUGAGAUGGCCAUGUUGAACCAAGAGGGCCCAGACCGGCAGCAGUACGAGGUUUACAUUACAAGCAUGAAGGACAAACUGUUCCAUCUGACAGUAACCCUCGACAGUGCCCAGACAUUCAGUAGCAGUCUACGGCUGCUGGAAAGUAAACUCCAGGUCAGAGGACACUACGACCACCCUGACGCAGACCACCUUAAGACCGCCGUUCAGAUGACCUUCACGCAGCCCUCUGGCGAGACCUUCACGUCCGACCUUCAUUUGUCUCACGCUUACGAUGGCUCCGUGAGAGAUAUCAAGGCUUCUUCCACGUACAACGGCGACGUGAUUGAAGGUCUGGUGAAAAUCACAAACCGAGAUGGGUGGUUCUCCGACGACUCACGCGGACUUGCAUUCACCUUCACGACACCUUUCAACCGCCUCAGAAGGGUCGGCUUCGCCUUUGAAGCCCACGGCAAUCCAGCAGCAGGUGGAUUCGCAGAGUUUGAAUGGGACGAGCUGAAGAUUCGUGGCGAGUCUCAAAUGAGCGACGAUAUAGAGGUUAAGCUUCAAUAUGAAGAUGGUGGAACCUGCGACUCUCACCUUCACCUUUAUCACAAAUACGAUGGUGAACAUUACAUGACUGGCGCCAGUCUCGCUCUUACCCCUUCUUACGACCCAUGGAAGAUUGAACUUAUCACUACCAAAGCACAAGAAGUAGCGGGAGACUUUGUCAGUCUUGAACUCAAUCUGAAUUCCCCCAUCAACACUGCGCCCUUCCAGAUUCAAGGAUUGUAUAAGUUCACUGACGAUGAAAUUGACCUUGAACUUCAGGCAGGAACCGAGAGUGACAAGACUUCACUUUCAUUCUCUGGGAAGAACGAGCUGGACUGGGGAGCACGAAGAUUAACUGGAUCAUUAGAGUUUAACUCUCCAUGGGUUCAGCCAGUAACAGUGAAUGUUACAAACAUUCAUGAUGAGGAAUACUUCAAUGUUACUUUCGAUCUCAGGUCGUCACUAAAAUACAUCAACACUAUUGCAGCAGAAUUCAGUGCCAACUAUGCUGUUCCCGAGGAAACAAAGGCUCAUUUCUACCUCUCUCACAAAGAUGUUCAGGCAACAAUGGAGAUGAACCACAAAUUCAGUGAAGCUGGCCUAAAACAGCAUCUUCACGCAUCAGUUAACACAAUGAGUGUUAGCUAUGAGUCUGAAGCAGCCUGGGGAGAAGACCUGGUCCCUCAAAGUGCAAAUGGACGCAUUACACUCACAGACAUUUUUGGCCAGAACAUGGAUUUGUCUCUCAGGCAUUCUAAGGAAGCUGAGCGCUUCGUAUCUCAGCUCUUUGGUACCUGGAAUGUUCACACAUUCCACUUCGACCACACUCUAGAUUACCAUCGUAGCCUAGAGUGGACAAGCAACAGCCAGUUAACUAUACCUAACUAUGAAGAUCCCAUAACUCUGCAGCUUGUUUUGAAUGCUCAAGAAGACCUUUCAACUUUAGAUUCGAACCUGCACCUAACAACUCCUUGGACAGAAGAUUUCAUCGCAAAACUAUACUUUGAUUUUUCAGAUCCUAGUGUCCCUAGUUACAGAUUUGAUUCACUGUAUGGUGAUGCAACUGUAUUCAAUAUUGAAGCAGAGCAAUAUGCACCAUUUGCCUGGGAACAUGUUGAUGUAAAGUUAAAAAUGAAAUCACAGUACUUUGAAGAUGUUGAAAUCAGGUGGAAGCACAACUUUGAAUCAAACACUCACAUCUACCUAAACACUACUUAUGGCUCCCAAUACCAUAUUCAAGGAGAAAGCAAUCUGCAAUUUGAAGAAAGUUACUUUGGCACUGGAGCUUUCGUGAUGUAUAAUUUCACAGCCAAGGCAGACCUCCUUGAUCAAGAAGUACAUUUCCAAACCGGUUUGAGCUUCGAUUCCCAGUACCGUGGAGACCUUGAAGUGACCUGGGGCGAAUACAUCUUGUUUUUCAAGACUGAUGUACCAGAUGGUAUAGUGUUCAAGGUGCUUGUAGGUGAUCCUGAGGGUGAUUAUGUCGCUGAAUUAACACAUCUCAAAGGUAGUUCUGAUAUUCCAAACCUUCGAUUCCGUCUCUCGAGGAAUAAUUCAGACAUUUUCCUUUUGAAAUCUGAGAUCGAGAAUUAUUAUCCACACUUUGAAGGUAUGUUUGUUGCAAGUUAUUAUCCGGACAAUGACUCACCACAGCAUACAGAGAUGAAAGUAUUAGCUGACAUGAGUGACCUGGAGGACUAUGGAUUUAAAGGAAAUUUCAAAAUUAAUUCCGAUUUUGAAGGUUUUGAGAACCUGAUGGGAGAGUUGGACUUUGACCUAACCAUUGAAGAUAGUUACCUAGCUGGGCACCUUACUAAUCAAUUUGACUUUAAUGAGUGGCACUUCAAUUCCAAAGUUAACUGCUCCCUCAAUUUAGACAGACAGUUCCAAUUUGAGUAUCAAAGCGAGUACGAUCUCAGUGUUGAAGGUGAACUUUAUGACAUGAAGGAAUUGAGCUUUUUGCUCAGUAUAAAUUCUGAAGUAGUGCAGACAAAAUUCAACUUGAAAUAUAGUCCUAAAGCAUCUGAAUGGUCAUUUUUCUGCUAUUAUCAUCAAGAUGACAUGGACUUCAAAGGAUAUAUCAUACCUGGCAAUGCAAGAAAGUAUGAGCUAGCAGCCAAGGUUGCUAACAGUACCCUCAAUCUGGAUGCACAAAGAACCGACGAAUUUGGUUCAAGAUUCAUAGGCCUCAAAGGCAAUAUUAACUGGAGUGUCAAGAAAUUUAAGAAACAGUUCACAGUGAACAUGAACUCAGACAUCCCUGAGAUAAAGAAAAUUACUCUUCACGUUUUCAUCCAGCAAAGACGAGGAUUCAUGGCAACUGCAAAACUAAAAGUAAACCAAGAAAACUUUGUUGGCAGUGUGAGAUAUAUGAGCAGAAAAGGAGGUGAAACUGGGCGAAUCACAAUAAAAAUGGAGAACGAAAUCUUCUAUCCUUUCGAUACAGAAACCACAAUCCAGUAUUCCAUUGCACCAGAUGAUUAUCGAGCUAAUAUUGUUACUAACCUGAAUGAGAAGAAGUGGGCUUCCUUAGAUAUGAAAGCUAGUCUGAAGGAGUCCUACUUAAAGAUUGAGUCUCCUUUCCCAGUUAUUGAGAAUGUUGAUAUUAAAGUGAAUCUUCUAACUGAAGAGGACUUUGGCCUGACAGUGACAGCAACUGGAACCAAAUUUUGCUUUAACCUUGAAAGUUCUUUGAGUCGUACUUUUACAUCUGGAGAAUUGAAAGCGAAUUACCAAGCAGAAUGCAGUGAACCUUCGCUAUUUGACCUCAGUGCUAAAUACGAAUAUCCUUCCGAAACAUUUGAAGUUCAUUUGCAUAUACAAGAUAUUGUCAGUUUCGAUGUUUCUAGCAUUCGAGAUCAACAUGAGAGAGUUUUCAAAGCUGAAGUCACGAUUAGUGCUGGACCCUCCUAUGGUGUAUUAAUAAGUAGUGGAUUCGAUUUUAACUACUUCCAAGUGAAGUUAUGCUUAUACAGUCCCUCCUCUGACUCAAAUUACUUCCUGUUCACUUUCUUUGUCUCCAAAACAAGAUUCGAAAUUGGUGUAGAAACAACAAGGAAGAUCUUCCAUACUGAGUUUACAUACAAUCUCCAACUACAACAGUUUAUGUUAGAAGGAAAAUAUUUCAGUGAUUUCUUUGAACCAUUUUCUUCAGAGCUGCAUAUAAAAGGUCAUAUUGACUCUGACAUGGGUGAGGCAGAAGUUUCUCUAUUGUCAGAUGACAAUACAGUGAAUUCAGAAUUUAUCAUGAACUAUGAUCUUCUUAAGGAACCCAAAACUGGGAACUUCAAGCUAACUUCUCCAAAAGGUGAUGCUGAGGGCCAUGCAGAUUUCACAAUUACUGAUGGAUAUAUAUCAGUUACAGGUGAAAUGCUAUCCACUCUCCAUUCAUUCCACGAAUAUACAUUCAAAUUUGAGGGAAAUCUAAAUGAUGACCAUCCACAAUUUCAGCUUUUAAUUACUCAAGAUAACAACACUUAUGAGGUCACUGGCGACCAGCUAAUGGUAAAUGAAAUGAUGAAAAGCAAGCUUUUUGUCUCAACACCAUUCCACGGAUAUGAACACUUUGAAUUUAGUUAUGGCACACCUGUUUCCGACUCAGAGCAAAGAACAUACCAUGCAGGACUCAACAUGACUAUAUCAGGUGACUCAUAUGGAGUUGACAUUGCCCACAACCAUCACACUACUUGGAGUGACCAAGAUACAGAGAUUUCUAUUUUCACACCAAGGAAGAUCAUUGAUGCAUUCAAGUUUGCUUUCAUGUACAAUAUUGAAGGUGAAGCAUCAGUAUCAUUUGACCAUGCUCGCGGCCGUCUUGGCUUGGCUGGCUCUUUCCGUCCUUCCGACACGAACAUCUCGUUGGAAAUCCUUCCAGAUUUGACCUUCUUUGAUGCUGGAGAGUAUAUUUUCAUGGCUAACAUUCCUCUAGUAAUGGAUGAAGGCGGGGAAAUCCGCUUAGAACGUCGCCAAACAGAUUUUGACUUUGUGGCAAAUAUGUCUCUUGCAAAAAGAUUUAAAUCUGGCCAAAUCGUCGUAAAAAUAAUAGAAGGAAAUGCUGAGGAGUCAAAUGCAUCAUAUAGUCUAAGUUUUGUGCUUAAGAAUCCACGAAAUAUUCAGGUGGAUGGAUUUUUUGAAAACUGGGAAAUGAGAUCUGCAAUCAAGCUAAGAGGGAAGAAAACUGCUGCUUCUACUGGUAACAUCACUGUGACCACCAAUAUACCCGGAUAUGAAGACAUGGAAGCUGGCUGGGACAUAGGAAAGAAGAAAAUGAGUUAUUUUAUGAACUUGAGGUUAGACAUGAAAGAAAAUGGGAACAUGGAUUUCAAAGGCAAAGUAGAUAACCAGAGCCUCGACAUACAGUUCACUUCAACAUUCACUAAAGAUCACCAUGUUAUUGCCGAGUACCAGAUGAAUCCAUUAAUCCUCAAAGCGACUUAUCAGUAUGGUUUGGACAAAUUUGAAAUUGAUUUUGAUUCACAGUUUGAUCCAAGAGAAGGUAUGAUGAAAUUAAUUGCCAGUUUGCCUUUCCCUUAUGUAUCAAAGCUCCAAAUUGGUAUGAAGUACAGUUUCUUUGAUAAUUACGAUCUUAACAUCAAUGCUGCAAUUGAACACAUUCUUUUUGAAUGUGGCUUCAAUUUAGCAUCUGAUGGAAGCAAUGGAGACUUUAUAUUAAAUCUGAUUACUCCCUUUAGUAAUCCAACCAAAGUCAAGAUCAGUUGGUCAGUAGAUGGAACCCCGCUCAAAUUCGAAGCAUUUUAUAUCUAUGGACAUGAAAGAGGUGGACUGAAACUUGACCUCGAAUAUACAAAUACCACUGUUGAUAUGAACAUUAAUGUCAUGACACCUUUUGAUGGAGCUUCUGAAAUAACAUUCAAUUUUAAAUAUGAUGGAAUUGGCCCUGGACCUACUGAGGCCUCCAUUGACUUGAGUGUGGACUAUCAUAAUAUCAAAAUAUCAACAAGCUUUGAAGAGGGAAACAACAGCAUGGAAAUAAUCAGCAGUGCAUCACUGGAUUUCUUUGGCUUUCAAGGACAAUUUGAAUUAACAUUCAAUCGUAAUGGUCUUGAAAACAAUCUGCAUCUACAAGGAGAUCUGAAGGAGUAUGAUCUUGUUGAUUUCAGUUUUAACUUAAAUGAAGGCAGUAUCCAAUCAGAUUUGAAAUAUGGAAAUGUAAAUAUAUUUGUGGCAAAGUUUGAGUUCUACAGUAUCAGUAUUCAAUCUGCAUGGUCAGAAUCUCAUUACUUUAACUUUGAUGGAAAGUAUGAGUCCACUGAUGAUGGCCAUCAGCUUGAACUCUCCAUAGAAUCGUCUGAGAUGCAACCUAUUGCAGUACAGGCAAGCUAUUCUGGCGCAAAGGGUCAUGAAGGUAAUGUGAGCAUAAGCCAUGGAGAUAAACAGUACGAUCUAAGUGGAAAUACUGUUAUUCAGAAGAAAAAGUCUGGGUUCGAACUGCAUUUCACUUCUUCAGAAGAUCCUUAUCAUCCAUUUAACAUGGAGGCUCAGUACAAUAUUAAUGCCUUUGCCAAAGGUAACAUGGGUGCCAUGGAAGAUUUAGCUGGUAUUAUGUUGGAGUGGGGAGACAAAAUAGAUGUCUCUGUUACAGGGAUGCGCAAGGGCGAUCGAGCUAAGGUGGUUGUUGAGAUUAUUACACCUUUUAAGGCCUUGCCCCGACUGAGCUUUGGCUUUGAUGCUGAAUUUUCGCUUAAAAGGAAUCUCACACAACUGACGCUAACAACAUUUGCUGAAUGGACUCAAAAGAUAACUUUGUCAGGCUUCUUUAAGUCUAAGAAGAAUGAACUGGUCUUUAACUGCAGUUUAAAUACACCAUUUACAGAAGUUCAGAAAUUGUCAGCAAACUUCACAUGGAAGCCAAAUCAAGUAGAGGCUUCCUUUAUUCAUAAUGAAGAUGAAUGGAAAAUUACAGGCAACUAUGAGUUUACACAAACUUAUUCUGUUCAAGUUACAGCCCAGACUCCUCUAAAGGAUUUUGACUUAAUAACUUUCAAUGUAACAACUGGAGUUCAAGACAAUAAGUUUGUGCUCACAGCAGAAAUGACUUGGCCUGAAGAAAACAACAUUCACUUUGAACUGGAGGCUCAGGUGUGGAAGAUGGAAAUGAAGUUCAACAGCCCCUGGAUGCCGUUCCAAGAAGUCAUCUUUGAGAUGUCUCUACAGACAGAGAGUGAAGACGGAAAGUUUAGUGCAAAACUUGAAUGGGACAAUCAUAACUUCGUCAUGACUGCCAUCCUCUCUCCUAUGCGAUCACAGUUUAAUGCUAAGUUCCAGAGAGAAAACAGCGACAUCUUCGGUGCCACAUUUGAAUACAACUUUGGGGAAGGUGAGUUCAGAUUUGAUGGUGAAGUUACCACUCCUGUCGCACCAUUCGAGAAGCUGGAAGCUAAAUUACACUGGAGCUCAGUCAGUGGCAAAUUUGUCAUAUAUGUUGCAGAUUUCGAAUGGACUUUGGAAGCUCAGAAUGACUGGAGAAACCUUAAUAGCUACAUGUCGAUUCCACACUCCAGCAAUGAACAACCUCUCAACAUCAUUUUCAAAUAUGAAGUCCAACCAGAUGAAUAUAAGUUCUCUUCGGUCUUUGAAGUGUCAUUAAAGGAAUCAAGCGAAAAGUGGGUGUUGAUUGACAUAAAGUUUGAGGAUCCAUGGACAAUUAAAUCCUCCAUUUUUAACACAAAUGUAGAGGUAGAAGUAACAAAACCUAACCGAAGGAAGUUUAAUGUACAUCUGCACAUUGAAUCCCAAGAAAUGGGUUUGGAAUCGGUGCUUAUUGAUGCAGCCAUCAAUCACAAACAAAACUUCAAGAUAUUCAGCAUCACUUCAACUAUGUCAGUAAAGCCAGUCCAUGGAGAAGCAACUAAGCAUGAACUUAUUAUGGACUAUGAAAUAAUUUCUAACCACUUCUCCAUGAAGGCUGAGAUUCAUAGUGAUUAUAUUGAUGUUCCUUAUGGAUUCAUCUGUAAGAUUCCACUGAUACUUGCAUUCGGACCUGGAACAUUCAACUUCGCUGUGACUAGAGAAGGAGAACAAGUGUAUAAAGUAUCUUUUGAUACACUUUACCCAGAUGAUGAAACCGAGACUAGAAUCCUCAAAAUCAAAUCUCCUGAAUGGUCAGUCACAUUGACAGUGUCUUACAGUAUCGACAGCUUCAGCUUCGCAUUGUCCUACCCCGACUCAGCUACUGAGCAUACUCUUCAAAUCAACUGGAAUGAGGACAUUAGCUUUGAGAAGGUCGUAUUCAGUCUGGAAAUGAAUUCCCCAUACUUGAAAGAAAAUACAUUUUUACUUGAAGUCAAUUUCAAUGUACGUGCUUUGUUUUCUUUUGUUAUCAAUGGAAAAGCCACAUUGGGAUUAAAACAAUUGGAUUUCACAGGCCAGUUUCAGUAUAACAGACAACAGCAGCAGGUGCAAUUUGAUGCACAUGUAUCCUCUGACUGGACAGGUAAACAUUCCCUAAACUACAACAUUCAGUGGCAGAGGGAAAUUAUAUUUACUGCAGAUCUAAAGGUUGACGGUGAGGAUCACAAGGCAAAACUCACUAUAGACUCCACUACCUAUACCAUGCGGAUGACAGUGAAUUCAUCUUGGUUGCCACACAAAGAUAUUGUGAUAAUCGGAAAAGUUAAUGAGGACUUCACACCAUCUAAUAUACAAGUUGAAGGUAAAGUAACAAGUGCUGGGGAUACCCUUUUGGAAGGAAAUUUCGAAAAUCAUGGAUUCCAGAUGAUCAAAUCAGAAGUCAGAGUGAAAAACAAGUGGGAAGUGUUCCAAUCUAGAUUUGAAUUUGAGAACUCGGACAAUAAAGUAUACCUUAACUGGUACAUGAGCAGCAUUCUUCCAGAGCUCAAUGCUAACUUCAAAAUUCAAUAUGAUGAAAGCGAUGUAAUGCGAGGAUUAAGAGUAAAUGGUAAGAAUUAUUUAACCGGCACUUUUUCGCUACGCAUUGAUAAUAGUAAAACAUGGUAUAAACGGCAAGAGGUUUCAGUCAGGAUGGCUAGCCACAGUCUUUCACUUGUGUCAAUACAUGGAGGAAAUGGUAAUAGAGUUACGGUAACCUAUGACAAAUAUAACAUGUUCAUUCAUUAUAACUUCUCAAAUGAGAUCAAGUUGUCAGUUUCCUUUUCAACUCCUCUGCCAUCUUUCAAAAAUGCUAAAUUAUAUUUCUCCUGGCCACAGGAAAGGUCGGAAAAAGAAUUGGACAUUUCAUAUGCAACAGAAGACGAUGAAUAUGAAUUCCAUAUGUCUAUUAUGCCAGACCCUAUCAUUGGAUGGGCUUGUAAAAUCAGUGUCAUAACGCCUUAUAAAGGAUACGAAAAGUUUGUGAUCCAGACUCCACAAUUUGGAGAGAACAUGCCCGACUUUGCUGUUAUGUUUGAAUACCCAGGAGGAAAAGUGGGAGCAGAGAUUAAGUAUUACAUGAGACGAUGGAGUUGGUGUGAUCUUAGAUUGUCACUAAAUCUGCCUCUAGAAAAAUAUGAAAUCGUUUCCCUGAAAUACAUAAUGGGAAUGAGAGAUAAUAUUGCAACAGUAGAAGGACGUAUUGGCAAAGUUGGAUUUACAUACUCUUUAAAAACAUUUGCUUCUCCUUCAUAUGAUGGAUUAGUGUCUGUAGUCCGUGUAAAUGAAAUUACCUUGCAAACUAUUAUUCGAUUAAACUCAAAGAAAGACGCACUGGAUCUCCGCACCCAUACUGAAAUGCAAACUGAAAAUGAAGCUGACUUGAAGUGGCUAGACACAAGGCUUUUGAUUAACCUAGAUCGUAAGAUCUAUUUCCAAGUGGAAAGUCACGAAGAAGAACUCCUUAAACUCCAUAUAGAGUGGGGUAGUGACAGAAUAUUUGCAAUAACUACAAGUAAAAACUUCCCAGCUUUCUUAGUCCUGAAUUUCGAAAACUCAGAGAUGGUUAAUGAAUGUCGUGUAAAGGUGGGUGUAUCUUCAGGUAUGGACAUUGAUAGCUAUGGCUUCCACUUCCGCCAAGAAGCUUUGGAGGGAGGCCAUCAUAUUUCCCUCUCUGGUGAUUCUGCUGAAAACAACUUCUAUGCAGAAGGUACUUUCUCUGUGAAUUACCAUCAUCUGAAUGAAAGUCUUGUGUUUGAACUCAACAAAAAUAGAAUUGGUUACAGAUCCAACUUCCAGAUCUAUCCUGGAAUCCUUACAGACGAAUAUAGAGGAGCAGUGGAAUUGAUGUUACCAGCCCAGACUGUACACUGGAACACAUCGGCCUUGUGUGGGUCGGGAGACUUCGAUCUUCAGUCAAGAUUUACUUGGAACGAUCUUGAUCAGGAAGUUCCAGCAGUUAAUUUGAUUGUCAAAUAUGAUGAUAAAUCGCAUUUUGGUCAAGAGGAACACCACAUCAUGGCUGUGUUUAGUCAUCCAGAAAUAAAAAACAUUGUCCUUCAGGGGAACAUCACCCAGUCUGAGGAUACUACUCUUUCUGCUUUGGUAGAACUUAUUGAUGAAAAUGUACCAGAGAGAAAUGUAAUAUUGGCAGUUGAUAUCCAUCCCUACACAGAAAACAGAACCCGUGAUAUAAAUGCCACAAUUACCCAGAGUUUCUCAGGGUUUGCAGUAAAUAUGGAUGCACAGAUAACAGAUUCCAAUUUCCAUGAUGGCAUUUAUGAAUUUAAGUACUGGAGCCUCACCAAGGAGACUUGGGAAAACCUUCAUGUUUCUACACGUGUUGAACCUUCCAUGGAUGGAUUUGACUUUGAAGCUCGAGUAAAGGCACCAAAGGGCAACUGGGGCUACACCUACAGGGGAAAUGCCUUUUCCAAUGAUCACGAAGCUGCUGUAACCAUCAUGGGAAUUUCUGACAGGUACGGAGACUUUUGGGAAAUCGAGACCACAGUUAGCAAACACUUACCAGAGUUCACUGUCCAUCUUGACAUUGGCCAGGAGAAUGAAGAAGCAUACGAAAAGGGGCGUUUGAGAAUUGGUUUGCACAAUCCACUGGAAAUAGGAGCAGCUUUGGACCAUCGGAAGUUCGGUGAGUGGAGGCAAGAUGGUGCCAUUGGCCUGAGAUUGAAGACAGAAGAUAUUCUGCAGUUCGUGCUGGAAUUUGAUCCUUCCCUAGAUUACCAGAAUGAACACUUCCUGGUUGACCUUGUCUCGCCUGCGGACCAGAUAUUCAGCAGUUGGGGGCGUGAUCUUGAAUAUACCACCUCUGCCUUCGCGAAGUGGUUCAUGGAAGAGAGUCCCAGCAUGUAUCAGGUUCUUGUAAACAACCCCACCGUAGUGCGGGUGUGGAACGCGGAAAUGCAUCACUUCCAGGAAUUUGUCAGUGAAAUGAAUGGUGUCAUUACCGAUAUCCAUAACGACGGACAGCAAAUCUGGAAUACGGUCAUACAGCCAUCGCUGAAUGCAGUGCGGGAAACAUUCAAUGAAAUGAGAGAGCAGCUGGAGCGAGCGUGGGAGGCAGCUGCAUCUUAUAUGAACUAUGAGUUCUCAAACAUCAGGAAUUUAGGCCAAGAAAUGAUCCAAGAAGUGGAAAGAUGGCAGAGAAAAAUGGAAUAUGAACUUACGAAAUUAUCAUACGAGUUCUCAUCAUGGUGGGACAGCAUGACGCAUCGCGUGGCGGCCCAGUACAAUAACCUGAUGUAUCACUUCGCUCGGGCGCUCAACUCCUUGGCGAACGCUUGGUAUGAAAACUGGGUCGCAGUGGAACGCGCAGCGCAGCCCUACGUAGACUCUCUCGUGCAGGCGUUCACCAGAUAUGGUGUGGAGCUGGACGCCAUCUUCGGUGGCCAGUGCUAUAAGCGUAUCGUGCAAGUAUUUGAUGAGACGGUGACAACACUGCAGCAAGAGGUUAGCUGGAUGAACGAGUUCCUGCAGACCGAGGAGUACUACAGCAGGUUCCUGCAGGCCAAGGAGACCCUUGCCUCCUGGGCCAGGGGGGCCGUGGCGGUCAUUGAGGGCGGCCUGCAGAACCUUCAGACCAGUGUCCAGGAAUCUCCUCUUGUGGAAAACUUCAGGGAGUUCCAGCGUCAGACCGAGAAUAUGAUUGCUGAGAUGAAGGCAGAAGGAACUUUCCAUUAUUUUGAACAGAAAAUCUCCGAAUUGGGCAACAAGAUUAAGAAUGUGUAUGAUGAAGCCAUUAAUCUACUGAAGGAGAAUUUGCAUACUUUCCGCUUAUAUGCCGAAGGCAAUAUUAUCUUUGAUUACAUCAAUGCAGCAGCUGGAAAUGUUUAUGAAAGAAUGGUGUGGACCUGGGAGCGGUGGAACCAGGAGGAACGCCACGACUUGGAGAAAUUCGAACGUAUUGUCUUGGCCGUGAUCGACGGGCUACAGACUCUACUUCUGGACAAUAAUUUCUUCGUAGAUGAGUCCAUAGUGUUCGAGCCCGCCGUUCAUGGGAGGAUCGAGUACAACCAGCACCUCCCCGUUCCUUGGACAAGUUUCCUAGAAUACCCGCAAUGGCAUCGCUUCACCAACGUCUUCCGGCAGGAGUCUCCCGUACGGAAGGCUGAGAGGCUACUCAACAAGGAAGGUUUCGAGAUGGCGUCGGGAUGGUGGGCGCUUUCUCACCUUGGCGCUCUCCGCCCUCCUUUCUCUGCCACGGGGACUGUAAUCGGCCAACACGUCACAACGUUCGACCUCCGUCAUUAUCAAUUCUUGGGGUCGUGUUCGUAUCUCCUGGCCAAAGACUUCGUAGGCGGUGAUUUUGAAGUCAUUGGUGAGUACGAGAGCGUGGGCGGGCUGAUGAGGCUGAAGUCCGUGGUUGUGCGCGGACAGGGGACUGACGUCACGCUGCACGUGGAUGGAACUGUGGAAGAAAGGAGUGUGGCAGGACAG